CUCAUGGCCAUUUGUUGUAUUUUUAAUUGCAAAAGACUCUAAUGUUCUCUUUCAGGUAAACAAAGUAGGUCAAAAGGUGUAUGGAUCAUCUUUCCGUCGUUCAAUCGUCAACAAAUUCACGAGUGGAUCAGUGGUCGUUGACAUGACUCUCGUGUUCAAAGAUGAAAACUCAGUUCCUUCAGCAAGCAAUGCAACUUCAGAGUUCAGCAGUGGACUUAGUAACUCUACCUUCCUGAAUGUUAUAUCAGGCAGUGUUAGUGCAACCACCCUAACUGCAGUUCCAGCGACAGCUUCUAAUGCAACUUCUGCGCCAACUGCAGCUCCAACUGCUGCUCCAACUGCUGCUAGCAAUGUUACAACUACUCCAAGUGCUGCUCCUAAUGCUACAGCUGCACCUACCGCUGCUUCCACAGCUGCACCAGCUUCAUCAACCGCCACUGCAUCAACAGAUCCUCCUACAUCCAGUGAGGGAACCCUGGGUCUUAUAUUCAGUCUCAACCAAACAUUUACAUCAGAUCUCUCCAACUCAUCCUCAACUGCAUUUAAGUCUUUAGCUGCAUCAGUGGUCAAAGAGGUAAACAAAGUAGGUCAAAAGGUGUAUGGAUCAUCUUACAGUCGCUCCAUUGUCAACAAGUUCACGAGUGGCUCAGUGGACGUCGACAUGACUCUUGUGUUCACUAAUAAAAACUCAGUUCCCUCAGCAAGCAAUGCAACUUCAGAAUUCAGCAGAGGACUUAGCAACUUUCCCUCCCUGAAUGUUAUAUCGAGCAGUGUUAGUGCAACUUCCUCUUCUUCUGCUACCUCCACUGCUGCACCUAAUGUUACAGUCACCCUGACUGCAGCUCCAACUGCAGCUCCAACCACUACAGCUGCCUCGACUGCAGCUCCAACUGCAGCUCCUACCACUACAGCUGUCCCAACUACAGCUCCAACUGCAAUAUCUUCUUCCACCACAACAGCUACAACUACAAAUAUAGAAACUACUACCAUUGCAUCAACAAAUCCUCCCACAUCCAGUGAGGGAACACUAGGUCUUCAAUUUAGUCUCAACCAAACAUUUACAUCAGAUCUCUCCAACUCAUCAACUACAGCAUAUCAAACUUUGUCUAUGACAGUGGUCUCAGAGGUCAACAAAGUUUGUUGGCGGGUCUAUUCAUCAACUUUCCGUCGUUCAAUCGUCAACAUGUUCAGGAGAGGAUCGGUGGUUGUUGAUAUGACUCUUGUCUUCAAGGAUAAGUCCUCGGUUCCUACAACAAGUAAUGCAACUGCACAACUCAGUAGUGAACUUACCAGCAACUCAUCUCUAAACAUUAUACCAGGCAGUGUUACUGCACAUACAUCAACGUCAAGUAGUCCUCCUCCUCCUUCAGUGCUCUCACUUGCGGUCUUGUCACUUACACUACUUGCUGUGGCACAGAUGCUGACAGGCUUAUAGCAGGAUUCCAAGACUAAACGAAUAAAUACAUUUUGUAGUGGUAUAUCAAAACAAGACAUAAAUGUGUGAAAUUAAUUUAGAAACAACGUUAGAAGACUGAAACAUUUGCAUUAUGUAGAUAAUGUAUUAUACAUACUGCAUGUAUUUGGUAUACAUUCUCAAGACAUGCUGUAACAUAGAUAAUGUAGUGACAUUUAUAGUAUGGCUUUAUAUUGCAUUCGGAUUGUGGGGGCAAUGUAUGAUCUCCAUUAACAUCGUGGCAGUUGCAUUUUGAGACUACUACACAAUAUGUAAGUGGUUUUAAUGUGGUUCUGAUCUGAUCUGAUCUGUGUAUUAUUAUUGUAACUGAAAUUUAUCAUACUCACUGCCCUAUCUUUAAAUGGCCUUUAUAUCAGUCGUUGAAAGCUGUUAAUUAAUUUAGUCUAUUCAAGUGCUUUGUGGGUUUUUUUUUUUUUCAAAAUUGACACGUUGCAUAUAUUUAUCUGUCUCCUGUGUAAAGUAACAUGUCAGAAGAAAUAUGCUUUAACAUGUAUAGUCAGAACUAAAUACUCAAUACUGAAUACUGUUCUUUUUUUCAAAUAAAAGCUUUUUUUUACAUAAGCUUUUGAAUAUUAUUUUAAAAUGCCCUGUGCCUGUGAGUCUUUCUACAAACAUGGUGAAAAUGAUAAAAUAUACCAAUAGAUCACAGAG